GGCGCGGCGGGCGGUCUCCUCUCCCCCGGCCCCCGCGCCGGACCCGGGCCGGCCGCGCGGGCGGCGGGCGGCGCUCCCCCCCGCCGGCUGCGCGCCGCCCCCGGGGGGCGGCGGUGAGGGACCUGCCCGGCGCCCCGCUAUUUAUCUCCCCCCCCACCACCCCCCCCCGCCCCCUUCUCCUCCCCGCCGCCGCUCUUCCCCGCGCCGCAGAGAUCCCGCGCCACGGGCGGGCCAUGGCUGGCGGCGGCGCGGCCGGCCCGGCGGGCGCGCACUGAGGGUGCCCGGAGCCCCCGCCGUCGGGGCGCGGCCGCACCAUGUCGGCCGUCGCCUACGUGGACUUCGUGGCGGCGCAGUGCCUGGUCUCCAUCUCUAACCGCUCCGCCGUGCCCGAGGCAGCGCGGCUGAAGAUGCCGGGCGAAGGGGAGGCGGCCCGGGAGCUGCGCGACCCCCGCGACGCCUGGAAGGACUACUGCGCUCUGCUGGCCAUCGCCAAGAGCCUGCUGGAGCUGAACAAGUACCGGCCGCUGCCCGCCCCCUCCGUCUGCAGCGACAGCGUGGAGAGCCCCGACGAGGACGCGGCCUCCGACAGCGACGCGGCCACCGAGCCGGGCUCCAGCCCGCCCCGCAGCCCGCCGCCGGGGCCGCCCCCCCGCCUGCGCGCCGCCGGGGCCGCCCCCAAGGGGAAGCUGGCGGCCGAGAAGCGGCACAAGUGCCCCUACAGCGGCUGCGGCAAGGUCUACGGCAAGUCAUCCCACCUCAAGGCGCACUACCGUGUGCACACAGGCGAGCGACCAUUCCCCUGCACAUGGCCCGACUGCCUUAAAAAGUUCUCCCGCUCCGACGAGCUCACCCGGCACUACCGAACCCACACCGGCGAGAAGCAGUUUCGGUGCCCCCUCUGCGAGAAGCGGUUCAUGCGGAGCGACCACCUGACGAAGCACGCCCGCCGCCACACCGAGUUUCACCCCAGCAUGAUCAAGCGAUCCAAAAAGUGCAGCUCCAGCAGCUCCUUGUGAAGGCAGGGCUGGCCCGGGGAGGGGAGCGGGGGGGAGGCGAGCUGCGGCGAGGACGCAGGCAGUGGUGCCGGUUGUCCUCACCAUCCGAAAGCACACAUAGCCAACAUUAAAAAAAAAAAAAAAAAUUAAAAUAAAAAGUACUCCAUGCCCCUCUCCCCGUACUCCACCUCCCCACCCUGCGCUGGGAAGAGCGGUCUGGAGCAAGUGGACUGCGGGGUGAGAGGAGGGAAGGGAUGGCCAGCAGAGGAGGUGGUCACCUCCUCUGAUGUAAAGCAUUGAUGCUGGUGUACAUAUGUCUGACUGCCAUGGUCUGGCCUAUGCCACCACAGUAGCGUGACCCCAAGGUCUUUGUGAUUGCCGUGUCAUGAACAUGUUUCGUUGAACAGUGUAAUGCUGCUUGUAUUUAGAGUUUGUCAAGUAAAACCGCUUUCCAAGUCGCAUAAAUAACUCUCAGAUAGAAACUCCAUAGCACAUUGUAGAAGUGGGUUUACUUCUGUCUCGGAACUAUCCUGCAUUUAAAAAGACUGUUAAGAGAAACAUUACGUAUGUUACUAAUAGCGUCUGAUUGAUAUACUGAGAUAAGGUGAAUUUAUACUCAAGAAGGCCCAUUAAGUAAAAGGGUCUUUUUAUCUUUUCUUUGUAUUAACUAUACUUUUGAAUAUAAGCUGCACUUUUCCAGUAAAAACAUCUAUAAUUCAAGAAGAUACUUAAAGCAAAAAAACCCCACAACAGCUCAGUCAUUUGCUGACCAUAUGUGUAUUUAGCUCUGUUAUUCACUUACCUGGAAAAAUACAAAUCAGCCUAGAUAAUGUGGUGGGGGCGUGGGAGCAGAAGCAUAAGUCUCUCAGUUGAUCCUAUACUUUUAAUCUGUCAAUAAAUACAGUACUGUACUAUAGAAAUGCCACUAACAGUGCUUUAUUCUGCUGUGUUUUGUUUGAAUGGAUGCAUAACAGCAGCUACCAUCUUUAUAAACUGCUGCUUUUUUAAA